AUUAUAUGUCAUCAAAAAAAGAAUACGGAAUAGAAGAGCAUAUAUAUGAAACUUUGCUUGAUUUAUAUAAAUUAGAGUGUAGCGAAGCCUUUCGAUUUCCUGUUGAUAUACAUCUUUUUAAAUGCCCAGACUAUUACUAAAUAAUAACAGAUCCGAUGGAUUUGAGUACUUUAACAACAAAAUAUAAGGAUGGUGCAUACAAAACAUUUAAUGAAAUAAAAGAAUAAAUAGAUAAAAUAAUAAAGAAUUGUAGAAAAUUCAAUACCGAUCCUAAUCAUACAAUCUUAAAAACUUGUUCAAAAUUUGAAUAAUGUUUUAAUACAAGAUGGAAUAAAUUAAAUGAAAUAAGGAUUUAGUUAGGGAUUCCAGAUGAUUAUUAAUUAAGGGUAGAAAUGAAUAAAUUGGAUUCAAUAGAAUAAAGAAAAAAUAAAAAAAAAGAGCCUGCUUCAUUAAAGGAAGAUUAAGUAGGUAGAAAAUCUCGUUUACCAAAAAAUGAAUCUAAAUCUUAUAAUAAUAAUGUUUAAUUCACAUUUAAACCAUAAAAUGAGUUUUUAGUCAACAAAAUUAAAAUUAUAUCAUCAUCAAUCCAUGAUGAUGAUCAACCAUACAUAGAUUCAAAUACAAGUUUAAAAAAUGAAUCUUAAAAUUUAUAAGAUGUUCAAUUUGAGAAUAAAAAUCAAAAAAAAGAAAUUAAUGAUCCUGCUCCCAAUAUAUUUAAAUUAUAAAUUCCUAAAAUGCCAUCUAAUGAACUCAGUUAAAAUUCAGAGAAAGUUAAAUUAUAAGAGGCUCCACCAGCAUCAUUAAAUACUUAUGAACCUCUCUAAAGAUAGAAUUCAACAUAAUCUACAUUCUCUGUUAAAAUACAAAUUCCUAGAUUAAAUCCUCCAUAACCAGAUAUAAACAAGGAGACAAGUGAAUAAUAAGCUUAAAAUCCAACAAAAUCUAGUUAAGCAAUAUAACCAUAGGCUACAACUAAAUAAAUGCCAAUACCUAUUUAAUAACCUACAUAAUCAACAUUAACAGAAUCUUAAAAUUAGUGGUAAUCAUAAUAAAAAAUAACUAUUUCUAAUCCAUAAUAAAUAUCAUCAUAAUUACCUUUGUAAUCUCUAAAUUAAUAAUAAAAUAUUUAACCAUCAUAAUAAUCCUCAUCUUUAGUAACAUAAUCAUCAAAAUAAUCAUAAUCAUAAUAAUAAUAACCACAAUAAUAAAAUCAAAUUUAAAUCUAAAAAUAAUAAUAAUAAUAAUAAUAAUAAUAAUAAUCAUAAUAAUAAUCAUAAUAAUAACAAAUAAAUGUUGAUGAAUAAAAAAUACAAAAAAAAGUAGAGGUUAAGAAAGAACCAAUUGAGUUUGGAUAAUAAAAUUCCUAAAUAUCCUAAGAAUAAUAAUAUUAAAAACCUUAAUCUUAUGAUACAAAGAUAAUGUUACCAAAAUAACCAACAUAAUAAUUAAUUAAUUUCUCAACUUCUCAAACUUAAUAAUAAAAAUAACUUGAAAAACCUCUUCCAAUCAGCAAAGGAACAACACCAAAGUAAGAAAUUCAAAAUACUCCAAAUACUCCAAAGGGAAAGAGAAAAAUUAUUGAUUCGGACGAUUCAUAAGAUUCUGACAGAAUAGAAUAAAUUCCUAUUAUAAAAAAAUGUAGUGAAAAAAAGAUUGAACAUAAUGAAACCCCAAUAUAAUUGAAUUUAUCAGGGCCAUCUUCAGAAAAAAAGAUUUCAAAUUUAGGCUCUCAUUCCUUUUCUUUAAAUGAAUUAGAAAACAAAUAACAAAAAGAAAAUUAAUCUAUAAAAGUACCUCCUACCACUCCACCUAUUGUAUAACAACCACCAAAACCUGAAGUGGCUGCUCCAUCGAAAUAUGUUUUUAAAAUUGAUGUCAAUGCAAUUUAAAAACAAGAGAAUGAUCAUAAUUUAAAAAAAAUAGAAAAGUAAAUAAUCUUCAUAUUAAUUCUUUUUUAGAAAUAAAAAGUAUGCAUACAAAUUAAUGUCUAUUUUGAAAAGGCAUAUCAUUGCAAGAUAACCAAAUAUUGAAAUUUUAAAUAAAUGUUUAGAAAUUCCUUCUAAAACUACUCUUAAUAUGGUUUUAUUAUGGCUAAAACAUGAAUUUGAUAAAAUUCCUUUUUAAGAAUAUGUAACUAUUUCAAAAUUUGUUGAAUUAAUAUAUUAGAGUAUUUAAAAGUUUAAAUGUGACGAGCAACCUCAAAAUGAAUAGCUUUUAUAACAAUUUUUUGAAAAAGAAAAAGAAUAAGAAUAAACUAGAUUAAAAAGAAUUGAAUAAGAAACUAAAGUAUAACAAGAACCUAUUAUCUUGGAGAAAAUCGAUUUAGAAAUGUUAUUUAAAUCAUUAAGAGUUAGAUCAAAAAGUAUAUAAUAUGAAUAUAAUUUUCAUUAGAAAAAAAAGUUAAUGAAAAAGAGAAGAAGGAAAGAGAUAAUGAUAAAUAAAAAGAUAGUGAUAAAUAAUAAUAAAAACCUGUAUUUCAUCAAUAAUAAGAAAUUUUAAGCUUUUAAUUAGCAACGACAAAAAAGAUUAAGACUGAAUAAAAAUAAUUUAUUUCAAUCUAAGAGACAGACGAAGAAUACGAUUUGCAAGAUAAAGGUUAAGAUUGGUGGAAAAUUUUAGAAAUGAGAAAAUAAUAAUGUUAGUCUAUGGAAAUGGAAUAAAAGGGAAAAGAUGACGAAAAAAAUGAAGCAUUUUUUAUUAGAACAUUAGAUUAAGUAAAAAUUAAUCAUACUCUUAUUUUGGGUGAAAAAAAUAGCGAAAAAGGAUUGUAUUCUACAAUAGUUGUAGAGAAAAUGUUCUUCUUUCUAUUAAAUAAUCAAUCAACGUAUUUUAAAUAAAAUAAAAUCCUACUUACUAAUUUUUUUUAAAAAUUAAAGGAAAACUCAACAGAGAAGAGAAAUGAAUUAUAUUAAUAAUUCAGUAAGUAUAAUUAUUAUGUUGAUGAAAAUCACGUUUAAUUGACAGAUUUAUACAAAAUAGAUAAUUAUGCUGAAAUAUUGGUCAAAUUGACUUUGAAGGAUGAUGGUGAUUUUGAUCAAUUUUAAUUGGAAAAUAAAUUAAUCCUUAAUUUGAAAAUCAACAAUCUUCUAAGUUACACUACUAAACAUAAUUUUAUAAACUAUUCUUAAAUAAAUAAGUAGUUUUAAUUAAAGUUAGCUUAAUAUCCAUAAUCAAUUAGUGAGCCGAUUUUACUUUCAAAACUAUAUGAAAUGAAUGAUAUUUUUGUAGAAAGUUUGGAAACUACAAAAAUGAAUGAGUAAAUUACUUUAUAAAAUUUAGCAAUGCCGGUUGUGGAGUGUUUUUAUGGAAUUAUAGAAAACAAGAAAUAAAUUAAGAAUAUUAAUAUUCAUGUCAUUUAUAGAUUUAAGUUCCAUUUACAUUUAUCUAAGAUUUAACUUUAAGCAUAAAUGAUACAAUUAUCCUUAAUGGAGAAAAAUUAUGA